GAGGCAAGCAGGCCAGGUCACAUGGCCCCCUUUGCGGGCUGCCUAACGGAUCUUGGAAUUGAGGGACCACAUCUGUUGAUCCGAGUCUGCUUAAGAUCUGGAAACUGGGCUGUCUGUGGACCGUCGCCUGUGCUCGCCCAUCCUGCCUGUGCUGUCCACUCUGGCCAGAGGUUUCUCCUGACGAUCAGACUGUGACACUCCCUGCUUAAGCCCUACGUGGCUCCGCAGUGCUUUUGGGCCAGAGUCCAAGCUCCUUACUCCUCUGUCAAGGCCCCAGCCCAGCCCUCUGGUCCCAGUACUCCCUGACCUUCCUAUUUGGGCCAAAGGCCUUUCUUCACACUGCCUCCAACCUCACCAGCAUGCUCUCUAGGCCUCCCUCCAUCUGGCAAACGCCCGCUCAUCACCGCCUCCACAAAGCCUUCCUGACCCUCUGCGGUGAUGACCUGCUACGAGGCGUUUCCCCAGUCCUGUCACCACCACCACCAGCGCCGCCAUCCCUCGGGGGCGGGUACAGCGCGGCGCUCAAGUGUUUGAUGACCUGAACCAGAACUGCCUGGGAAGGCAGAAUGGCUCCCAGAGGAGGGGAGCGCUGGCGGGGAUCACCUGGGCCUUUGGGCUGGCCUUGGGGACAGGACAGAGAAGGCCCCCAGACGUCUGUGCCCUGCCCCGGGGGGCCCAUCCUCUGCUGCCAAGAGCAGGCCUGGCCUGAGCCACAGCCCCGUCCCAGGGCCCAGCAGGGGCCUGCCGGGGAGGCGCCGGCGGGAUGGUUGAGUGGUUGAAUGGAGGAACCGCAGAUAGAAAGAGAAGGUCUGGGUGCUGUUCCUGGGGCUCCGGCGGAGAGUGGUCCCACCCAGCGGGCGGCGGGGCGGGGCGCCGUGGGCGGUGCCCCCCCCUCCCCCAGGUCUCCUCCUCCGGCGCGGAGGCCGGUCUCAGUCCCAGCUGGGUGUGCGGCCCUGGCAGCAUGGGGCGGGCGGCGAGGAGCCGGAGGGGCAGGGACGGGCCGGCCCCCACGCAGUGCGUCCAGGCAGAGUGCUUCGACCCGCUGGUCCGCAACUGCGUGGCCUGCCGGCUCCUCCGGACGCCCGAGCCCGGACCGGCCUCGCCUCCCUCCGGCUCCCCACCUCCCCGGCCGCCCGUCCCCUCCGCCCCCCGUCCUCCCUCCCCGUCCCCUCCGCCAGCAGCCGGGGCGAGCAGCCUGGUGCCCGGGACGGCGCUGCAGCCGCAGGAGUCGGUGGGCGCGGGCGCCGCGGCCGAGGCGGAGGCUGCGCUGCCGCUGCCCGCGCUGCUCUUCGGCGCCCCCGCGCUGCUGGGCCUGGCGCUGGCCCUGGUCCUGGUGUGCCUGCUGAGCUGGCGCUGGCGAAGGCGGCGGCUCCGCGGGGCGGCCGCCCCUGAGGCGGCGGUCAGAGGCCAGGACGAGCCCCUGGACAAUGUCGUCCUUCUCUCUUCUGGAUCGUUUGAUGCCACAGCUCCCAUCUGGCCUCCACCCAGAGAAGACCCAGCCAUCACCCCACCUGCCCACAGCGUCCCUGUGCCAGCUACAGAGCUGGGCUCCACUGAGCUGGUAACCACCAAGACGGCUGGCCCUGAGCAACAGUAGCAACGGAGGGGAGACAGAGGCAGACCCUGCCCUCCCUGUGGGCCUUCAGCCAGGGGCUUGGAGGUUGAAUUCAGCUCUUCACCGGGUACCCACCUGCCCCUUUCUUGGGAGCCCGGCUGCUCCCCAGCUAAUAACCCUGCAGAACAACAGACUGCAGACCAAAGGGUUCAGACAGUAUGGUGUCAUUGGCAUGUUUGCAUUUGGCUUAAAACUAUACCAUCUUUGGCAGCCGUUGAAGACUGUGGCAGAGUUGCUGUGAGUUUGAGUGGUUGGGGCACUCUGAGUAGGAGGUUCUUCUUUAAGCAUGGGGAAGCCACCAGAGCCAGAAUGAAUCUAGUAGAGGGAUCAAGUGGGAGGAUGCUUGGUUUGUGGCUGGGUGUUGUAUUUCUUUUAAUACUUGCUCUCAGAGCUGUCCUGCUUUUAAACUGAUGCAAAUGACAGCAAUGAAUAACCAAUUAACUGGUUUGCUUCAGGAUUUAGUACAAGAUAAUUUUAAGAAAUAGUCUGGAUUGUGCAGAUAUCUGCACCCUAGGGUGAACCCUGAGCCUGGCCCAAUCCAAUGCCAUAGUCACCCUGGUGGCAGCUUCCAGAGCCCAGGCUUGCACUUGGGAGGAAGUCUGCAGCCUCUGGGGCUGGACUGCAAACUCACGCUGAAGGCACACUGAUGGGCAUCUUCCUCAGAGACCACCUGGGGCCUCAGCUGCUCCAAGGCACAAUUAGACACACACAGGGCAGGGCCCAGGACCUGCAGGAGGCUCCUUCAUUCAGAGGCCAGGACAGGCCUGUAACUUUGAAUCUGGACCUGUCCGUUGAGCUCCCUUCUCUCUGCGGCCUGCCCUCUCCAAGCACUGAGCCACAAUUGCUGGGGUCACUUGAACAUUCUGUGCCAGCCCCUGGGCUCACCCACUAUUCCAGGGGAACUGCUCCUCUGACAGCAAGGGCCCUUGCUCUGGGGUCUGGGGCUGAGCCCCCAUCUCUUCCAGUACUGUGCACUCAGUCAGCUGCUGUCUCUUCUGCCAGCCCUCCUACAAUGGUCAGAACCUCCUGACCUGGACUCUGCCCUGAACAGCAUCCUUGGACUUUGUCAUAGCUUGGCACUCUUGGCCAGAACACUGGACUGGGAGUCAGAAGAUGGGGUUCUGGGUAUCAUUUUGUCUCACUGUAGACCUUGGCCAUGUUCCAUGCAUCAGAUGCUUUCUACCCAGCAGCAGACACCUGCCCUUCCUGCCUACCCCUUUCCCAGCUCAGAAAGCAGUCAUCAGCCAAUAGAAUUUGGAGCUCCCAGCACAUAGAUACUCACUUCUAAGCCUCUUCCUAGCCACUCCCUCCCUGAACCCAUCUCAGAGCCCCUCCCCCUAGGCAGCCAAGUGGCUUGGAUGAGGUCAGGUGGCAGGCAGUAGGCAGAGGGUUAGGAGCAAACCCAGAAUGGGCACCGCCAGCUACUCCCCUCCACGUCAGGCUUGGGGGAGUCUGAGCUUUUCCCAGCCACCCCUCUCUCCCAACCACCUUUGCCUACCACAGUCAGGGGCUGGGACCUAGAGAUAAAACAAGUGGGCAAAACUUCUCUGGGCCCAGACAUGCAAACCUCUGGCAGUGCUGUGUACCCGCUAAGCCCCUGACUGAUGUGCAAUUUUCCUCUGGCCUUAGUUUCCUUUUCUGAAAAAUGAAGGUUGUAUGCAGAGUCCUCUUGGCCUGCGAUCCUCAGAAAAGAAAGACAGCAAGGAAACAGAGAAUCCUGCCCCUGCCCCAUUUUACAGAUGAGGAAACUGAGGCCUAGAGAGGAAGAAGACAUGGCAUCAUUGCCACCCAGCAAAUAAUAGAAGGAAAGUUCCUUUUAUUUACAGAGUUGGGGGAGAGGCAGGCAAGGAGGGGCCAGUCUCCCCCAACCCCUGGAAAAGGACCUCACCUCCUAGGGGCCCCCACUCUCUGGCCCUCUGUCCUGUACAUUCUCUAAGGAUCCUUCACGAGGUUACUGCCUUUGAUCUUUAUGACAGCAGCUGGACGAGGGGCAUGGGUGUUUGUAUUUGCUUUUAUAAAAGAUUUUUUAUUAAAAAAAAUCAUGAUA